AUGUCUGUAAUUGGCACUAUCCAUGAAGAUGUGACAACAGAAGUCUUGGGAAAAAUCGGUUCCUGGCAAUGGCUCGUGACAUUUAUUUCAACUUCGCAUAUGAUGCUCGCGAUGUUUAAUCAAUACGAAGACAUGUUCCUUCUUCGACCUUCAGAAAUCUAUUGUGUAUUACCUAACGAGCAUCAAAUAGUAAACUCAAGCUUAUGCUUCGCAACUAUUCAAAACAAUGGAACGGAACUCUACAGAUGUAAUAAAUGGCAUUUGAAGUUUUUAUGGGUUUUCUGGCUAAAAAAGACGUGGCUCGUGUUCUGCGCUCAAAAACUGAAGAUGCUAUCAACUGCUAUCAUAAGCCGGUUUGGAAUAUUUUUUGGAUGCAUCAUAUUUGGCCUGGUGUCAGACAGUUUCGGCAGAAGAACUGCUAUUAUACUCAAUGUAAUUGCUGAACUCACGCUUGGUUUGAUGAUCACAUUCUGUGAUGCUGAGGGAUGGUUUCGAUUGAUUGCGUUUUUGAAAUCAUUAUUUGGAAGCGCCGGGUUUUACAUGGGGCUGAUUCUAACAUGUGAGAUAGCAAGCAACAGUUGGCGAUCAUGGCUGUGUGUCAUCGUGAUGAGUCCAAGACUACUGGCCAUAGCAUGCAUGGUACCCUUCGCGAACAGUGCACCCAACUCGGAAACAUUCAGCUUCAUAUCUUGCAUUUACGCAAUAUUUUGUUUGGUUCUACUAAGGUGGAUCCCAGAAUCACCUCAAUGGCUAUUGUAUAACCGUAAACUACGUGCCGCUGAAGAAAUUCUAAUAAAAGCUGCAAAGAUCAACAACAUUAAAGUAUGUCAAGAUUUCAAGAUAAGGCCUGUUAACCACAGAGCCUACCAUUCGCUGGAAGAGACAACGACUUGCAUCGGAAUGCUGUCGAAGUACAAUAUAAGGGUCAUAUUUCUGGUAUCCACAUCGUUUUGGAUACUUUACAAUUUUGUAUGGAGUUCUCUAUACGUCCGAGUAUAUAGCGAACAAGAUAUAAAUGAUUUACUACUGAAAGUGUUUUGCUCCGUCGGCGUAUUCGGGUGCCUGACAAAAUGUUCAUCUGCAAAGUUGACGUUACGAUACUUGCUCUUAGUCCAUGUCGUGAUAACAGGCGUUUCUACUGCUGGUGUUAUAUUGAUCUUCAAGGGAACGAUACACUGGAUGCUAUCAACGAUCGCCCUAGGUUCAGGGCUUGUCGCACAUGCGUUGAUUCUCAACAUGACGCCUCGACUUUUCGCUAUCAACAUACGAGCGACUGUUGUCGGCUGCUGCCACGCCACCGGUCAGCUUGGCUCCAUCAUCAGCUAUCUCCCGUUUCUAUUCCACCCCAUGAAUGACAUCACCUUGGUGGCGAUAGUACUUUGUGCCACAUUGAUCAUGGCUGUAUUAUGUCUGAUGUACCCUGAUGUUGAUCGAAGAGAACUACCCGAUCUCAUGACGGAUAUGGAUUAUUUUUCAGAGUUAUCAAAACCUCUUCGUUGGGUUACACAGAAAACUAGUUCGCCGUCAUUAGAGGAAGUCGAAAUGACGUUGCAUUCCUUUGGUACCCUCCCAUCGAGCCCCAGCCCACCUGAAGAAAUAGUGCCCGCACGGCAAAUAGGUUGUGUGAAAUAUUGGAGAAUCUUUAUCAAUUAUGUCCGUCGAAAGUGUUCUAGAAAGAUUUAUCCAAAUAUAAGCUAAAACUAGGUAACUUAAUAUAAUGUACGCAAACAUUAUGCAUUGUUUUA